CCUUCUUAGUUCUGUUCAACAAGUAAGAGGUACUAAAAAAUAUGUUCGACCUUUACGAAUCAGAUACCCUAUGUGGUUUCUGCGGCAGAAUAGAGCGAAAACCAUUGAAAAUUUGACUAAAGACAACAAAGCAUUUAUACAAGAAGUAAUCUGUGAUAAAUUUGGGUUGGAAAACAUUGAAGGUGGCACACCAACUUGCGUUAGUUUAAGUCCAUUGAAGUCGGAUCCAGCAGUGUACACUGAAAAGUGGAGACCUGGUACCCGGAGAGUUGGCCUAAUAGUCAGAAAAAUUGGUGUUUAUCCCAUGUGGCAAAAGGAUGGCACUCAAAUUGCCACGACCUUAUUUCAGGUUGCAGAUAAUCAUGUGAUCAAAUACAUCCCUCCCAAUGAAUUUGAACCUGUAAGGAAACGGUACCGCGUGAAACAAAGGGAGAUGGGUGCUGUAAUUGUGGGAGCUGACAGUACAGAUCCACAGAAGUUCACAAAAGAGUACUGCGGUCUAUUUGAUGCAGCAGGAGUUUUACCCAAGAAUAAACUGUGUAGAUUCAUUGUUUCACCUGAGGCUGCUCUGCAAGCUGGAACCCCAUUGUACGCUUCGCAUUUCCGAGUCGGUGAUAUUGUUGAUAUUCGUGGCAAAACUAUAUCCCGAGGUUUCCAGGGUGUUGUCAGACGUUGGGGUUUCAGAGGACAACCAAAGACUCACGGAUCUACCAAAACUCACAACAGACCUGGGAAUAUUGGAGGAGGAGGUGAAAAAGCCAGAGUUUGGCCAGGUAAAAAGUUACCGGGACACAUGGGCAACAAAUGGCGACUGCUUAAAGGCCAAGAGAUUGUGCGUAUUAAUACUAAGUACAAUGUAAUCUACAUCAGAGGACAGGCAUCUCCUGGUAAUGUUGGUGACUUGAUGUACAUGUUCGAUACAAUACUUCCAUUGAGGCGCAGAAAGGCAGAUGAAGCUCCACCCUUCCCGACCUUCUUUCCUCACAAGCUGGAGGAAGCACUCCCAGAUGAUUUGUACAUUGAUGAUAUGCAUCAAUUUAAUGAGCCAACUAUUCAGUAUGAGCCUGAGAAAGUUGAAAAGAAAAAGAAAUAAUGUAGAAAUGUUUCAGUCCUGAGCAUCUCAGCCAAUUAAAAACAUUUUGUUUUAAGUCUUGUAUAUUUUUAACCAUUAAAAAAAGAUUAUUGUUAAGAAAA